CCCAGCAGGCCACAGCCAUUUCGGAGCUCGAAACUCUUAAAAUGGCAGAGCAACUUUCUCCAGGAAAGACGACAGACCAGGGAAAGUGAGAGGAAAAGGCGGGUGGUGAAGUAGGAUCCUGGAUGGAUGGCUUGUAAAAGCAUCAAGGGGACGUGGGUUCGAGCCUGGGUCCGGGAAGAUCCCACAUGCCGUGGAGCAACUAAGCCCAUGCGCCACAACUACUGAGCCUGCGCGCUAGAGCCCACGAGCCACAACUACUGAGCCAGCAUGCUGCAACUACUGAAGCCCGUGUGCCUAGAGCCUGUGCUCCACAACAAGAGAAGCCACUGCAAUGAGAAGCCUGCGCACUGCAAUGAAGAGUAGCCCCUGCUCGCCACAACUGGAGAAAGCCAGCACAGAGCAAUGAAGACCCAACGCAGCCAGAAAAAAAAAAGGCUGUCCAGACCCUCACUGACAACUAUUAAAAUGAAGAUUUUUGCAAGAAGGAAAUUGAACCCCAAAAGGAGAACAAACAAAAAGAAAUGCCUGUAUCCUCAUAUGUAUGCCAGAGCAUACAUCAACUUUAAAAACCAGGAGGACAUUAUUUUGUUCAGGGAUCGUUUCGAUGGUUAUGUAUUCCUUGACAAUAAAGGUCAGGAAUAUCCUGCCAUAGUAGAAUUUGCACCUUUUCAAAAAGCUGCAAAAAAGAAGACUAAGAAAAGAGAUACUAAAGUUGGGACUAUCGAUGAUGAUCCAGAAUAUAGAAAAUUUUUGGAAAGUUAUGCUGCAGAUAAUGAGAAAAUGACAUCUACUCCAGAGACACUGCUAGAGGAAAUAGAAGCAAAAAAUAGAGAAUUAAUAGCUAAAAAGACAACCCCACUUUUGAGCUUCCUGAAAAACAAGCAGAGGAUGAGAGAAGAAAAGAGAGAAGAAAGAAGGAGGCGAGAAAUAGAAAGAAAAAGACAAAGAGAAGAAGAGAGGAGGAAAUGGAAAGAAGAAGAGAAACGAAAAAGGAAAGAUAUAGAAAAGCUAAAGAAGAUAGACAGAGUUCCAGAAAGGGACAAAUUAAAGGAUGAACCAAAGAUUAAGGUACACAGGUUUCUGUUACAAGCUGUGAAUCAGAAAAAUCUGCUCAAGAAGCCAGAAAAAGGCGAUGAAAAAGAAUUGGACAAAAGAGAAAAGGCCAAGAAAUUGGACAAAGAGAAUCUGAGUGAUGAAAGAGCCAGUGGGCAGAGUUGUCCAUUGCCCAAACGUUCUGAUGGUGAAUUUAAAGAUGAAAAGCCUAAGAGACCUGAAGAUGAGAGUGGCAGAGAAUACAGGGAGAGGGAGCGGGAUUAUGAACGAGACCAAGAGCGCAUACUGCGGGAAAGAGAGAGGCUGAAGCGGCAGGAGGAAGAGCGCCGCAGGCAGAAGGAGCGCUAUGAGAAAGAGAAGGCUUUUAAAAGAAAGGAAGAAGAAAUGAAAAAAGAGAAAGAAGCCCUUCGGGAUAAAGGAAAGAAGCCUGAAAGUACAGAACCAGUAGGCAGCUCAGAAAAAACUGAAAAGAAAGAGGAAGUGGUUAAGAGAGAUCGCAUAAGAAACAAGGAUCGCCCAGCAAUGCAGCUUUACCAACCAGGAGCUCGAAGCCGAAAUCGACUCUGUCCCCAUGAUGACAGCACCAAGUCUGGAGAUUCAACCAUAGAAAAAAAGCAGGAAAGUGGUAUUAGCCAUAGAAAAGAAGGAAGCGAGGAGUGACAGGUCCAAAUGGCCUUAGGUGUCCUGACUGUCUAGGCAGCCAAAGAGCACGAAUUAAGCAAUCCAGAAGUGCCUUCAGGGCGAAGGAAUAGAGAGAGAGAAAGGGGGUCGCUGUGCUGGUGGGGUACACUGCAGAGGAGUGUGUCUUGCGUCAAAGCAGGACCCCGCUUGCACGCUCCGAUUGGAAGUACAAUUUCAUUUUUCAUGCAGUUCCUACAAAUUAAUUUUAAAGUGUCCGACAAAGCUGAGGGAGAGGACAUACAUUGCAAUUUGCAGGCAGGAAAUGUCAAGAGAGGACUUAAUUAGGUAUGACACGAGAAGAAGAUACGGGAACUGGCUCUAAAAUCAAAAGGUUUUGUUAAUCCUGGAUUGAAUUUUCUUAAUUUCAGUGGAGCAGAGUCACUUUGAAGUCUUGUUCAGAUCUAGUUAUAGUCAUUGUUGGUGAUAACUGUUGACUUUGUGUAGUGUAGAAGCAACAAGCAUGUAAUUGCAAUACAAGUACAGUGAAGGAUAUAACAGAUUUUCGCUUCUGCAAAAAUUUAAAUAGUCAUGUCAUGUCUAUAUCCUAUGUCCUAAAGUUUUAGGGUUAGUUUUAGUUUUUUGUUUGCUUACGUGAGCUUAGCAUAAAAAAAACUUUUUUAACAUCUCCUUUUGCCUUUAGCAAUUUUUAUAUUACUAAAGUUUAACCCUUAGUUGGUGCUUGACAAUCCAGUCUUUGUUUUAUCUUAGGUCUCAUAAGCUGAGUGCCUACCGUCUCCAGGAAGGAAACUGCACCAAUAUUUGUUCCUGUUAAAUAGCAACUUUUAUUCUUAGCUUGUUUUGCAGUCGAUGCCAAUAAAUAUCAACAUCACUCAA